CAUGAGGAAGCAAAGGGUGAAGAUGUUACCUUGGAUUUUGAACACAAGCUGGCAGCCUUUCAGUACACAGGACAAAGUUUGACUGGAUAAGCAGCAAAACAAAGUAUUCAUUUCUCACGACCACUCUUUGACCUAGGCAAAACAGCAAACAGACACCAUCUGAAAAACAAUUUGCUAAUUCUAAACAUUCAAAUAAAUAGUACAUUCCUAGAAUUCUGGGAGAAUUGCAAUGAACCGUAAAGCAAAGUUGUGAUGAUGUGACGAGAGCCAAAUCACUAUCAAUUCAAUAUCAGUUCCGUGGUAGGAUUGAUAUGAACAAAGCCUGUAAUCUGACCUGGAUGCGUAGGGUUGCCAUUUUCAACCCACAAGCCUCCCAUGUUACCCUACCUCUCAGGCCCCAUCAAUUAUUCAGUAGGCCAGGGAAAGUGCUGGUCUCCAGUCCCCCACUGAGUCUGGGACAGCAGUAGCAGGAUCGUCCAGGACCGGGAUGAUGCUAAGGAAGUUAGGGCCAGGAGUCUGCAGGUGGCCAACCCUGCUGCUUUGGUGCCUGUAUGUCUUCGUGGAGGAGCACACUGUCUAUGGCCACAACAGAACUGUGGGAACCAGGGAGAUGGAGAGGCCAUUUUGUGAACAAGGAUUCUAUUGUCCAGUGGGAAGUCCCACACCAGUGCCAUGUCCGAAGGGUACGUUUGGGCCGACGGUUGGUGCUAGAUCCAUGGACAGCUGUCUCAGCUGCCCAACCAACCACUAUUGUCCGCGACCUGCUCUGACCUCCGGCAUACCCUGUGGAGCCUGGGCACAGCAGCCCCUACCUGGCCAGGACAGAUGUGUGUGUCUUGGAGAAGGGCAAACCUUCCAGGCCAGUGAUGGGCAGUGCCCCUGUGCCCUAGGGUACCACCUCAUGGGCCAAGGGGACACUUGUUUGCACAGUGUGUAUGAUAUUUGUAGAGAUGGAAGAGCAAGGACACAACAUGGAACCUGUCUGGACAGGCAGCAGUGGGCACAGCACUGUACCCAGCAGGUGUGUCUCUCUCCAGGGGACUACCAGGGCUUUGAUGGAGCUCUGGGCCUGUGUCUGUGCAGGGAACCCCCAGAGAGAGCUGUGUGUGGAGGCUUGUGUAGGAGCAGGCCAAAGCUGGCAAUGCAUUUAGUGUGUGCUGCUGUAGACUUGCAGCUGGUAUUUAGCAACUCUGAAGGCCAGGUGAGUGUCUCCGGGAGUGUGCUGCUGGAGACCGUGUUCAAACGCUGGGACUCCCAGGGGACCUUGCAGUGUGACGGUCGCCACAAUGUCUCCCUUCCUGUGUACACAGUGCAGACAAAUGAUGCAGGGUUCCUUGGUCUCCUCAAUGACGUCCCAGCGGCGAUUCAGAAGUUAUUUCCAGAGAAAAGCGUGGGAACGCACAUCUCUACAGGUGACUCUGGUGUCAGAGAGGAAGGAGGGGCUGGGUCUGAUUGGUCCAGCAGAUCAACCAUCUGGGGAGGAACCAUGAACUCCAGCUCUGUGGGGAUUCUGAACCCCACUACAUGUCUACAUCUAGGGGACACACUGCUCUUCACUGUCACCAGACAACACUACCCUCAGUAUGAUGUAGAGAACCUGUACAAUACCAACCGUGACUUUGACUGGGGUCCUCUGAGGCUGCUGGCUGAGGACCUGACACUGGCCAGGACUCCACCGACACUCUUCUCCUUGGUCUUCACUCAACCUGGGGUGUACGCCUUCAAACUCAGUGACCAUCAAUACAAACACAUGUAUGUGAGGGUAAUGCCAGCAGGUGGACAGUGCUAUGAGGCUGGACCGUUCUUCCCCACUGUCCCUCAUCAUCUGACAAGGAUGGGCAUCGCCAAGAGACGACACCUGCUUCUACGCCCUGACUGGUUGGUGACAGGAGGACUGCUGCUUGGUGCUGUGGUCAUCCUCAGCCUGUGUGUGACGCUGCUGAUCUUGUUUCGGGAGUAUGGCUGGCCAGAGAAAAUGGCCACCAGAGCCCAGUACCGUACACUCCAGCUCCAGUACCCCAUGGAAGACUACUCCUCAAAGGGUUCCAGGGUGACGACAUUAAAGAAGUACCACAGAAACCUCCAGGCCAGGAUGACAGAGGCCUCUGUACAGCCCGUAGCCCUGGGCUUGGAGGCAGAUGAGUUCUGGGACUAUGAGCAUCAGGUGGACCUGGAGGCCUUCAGCACGAACACCUUCUACAGCAUCCUACUAAAACACAGUGUGUCUGUCACCGCUAGACUGAGCCAGCUCAGAGGAGAGGUGAAGGACCUGUAUCAGGGGGUGAUGGGCAAGCUGAAGGGGCUCCAGCUGCAGCCGGGUUGGUCUGCAGUUGGGAAGACCAGGGAGGGCUAUGAGAGGAUGCGGAGGCAGGUGGAGCAGGAGGUGACCCGACGCAGGUCCCUGGCCCAGCAGCUCAGACAUCUCUUGGACAGUCAGCUCGGGGUCUUGAGGACGGAGCUGAUGGCCCAGCAGACGGUGCACAGGACCUUCGGGGCCCAUCUCAGGGAGUGUGUGAGGCUACUGGGCCAAGCAGUGGACAACACUGACCACCCUCUCUGGGAUGAACACCCACAACAGUAAUGUCUGAAUAUGUGUCCCUUGUCUCUUCCUGUCAUGCUUGUGUGUUCUGGAAAGAGCUUUGAACUACAGCUGUUUUUAAUUGGCCAGGGAUUUUUUAUGAGAAUGUUAGUUUUUCUCAAUCCUGUACAAGCAUGUCUUGGACCAAUGUUGUCAUUUUACAAAACACAGAACUCGGUGGCCUUUUGCAAAACUCAAAACAUAAAUACAUUCAACAAAACUAUAUUAUACUGUCAACAUUUCUAAAUGAAUAAAUUCAUCAAAAGACCAUGACUGCCUGCAAAAAGAUUAACGCAACCAUGCUUAUCUCUCGAGUCCAAGCAGACAAAAGAGAAAGUGAGUCUGUCUCUUUAAA